CUUUUAAGUAUUCCUCUCAAGUAUUCCUUUUUACUAUUCCUCUUAAAGCAAAGUGAGGAAAUUAAAGGUGUAUAAACGCGAAAAGGAAACUCUCUCGACGAGUUGCGCCCCGAAAACACUGGUUGCCUGAAACGGUCGCUGAAGUGUCGAAUCCAAAGUCAUUUUCACGCAUCCGUUCGACGACCGCGUUUUGAAUUCGCGUCCGGUCUUCGAACUAAUUCUGUAAAGGAGUAAAGAAAAUUAUUUCAUUCAACUUCCCUGUUCCAAUCGGUAUGAAAGUCCUUUUAACUCUUCUCCUUGCCUCGGGGAUUUACUGCAGAAAUCUUCGUGGUGAAAACAACCAACAGGAAUUACUCAAGAUUUCCGAUGAACUUCGUGGAGAUAAUUCUUUGGUAGACGAAAGAAAUGGUUACUCUGAAAAUUCCGUUUUUGAAGAAAAUGCAAAUAAAGACUUAACGGAAAAAUUACAUCAAUAUUACUUGUUGGUGGAAGAACGAAUUAAUCUAAAUCCGGAUCAAAAAUUGUCACCGCUAGACAAGGCUGUUUAUUUAUUCGUGAAGACGAUGAAGCAGCGCAACAAGAGGCAAAACAAAAAGAUGAAAUAUCUCACGUUCUGUCACUUCAAGAUUUGCAACAUCGGUGGAAAACGGGCCGCCCGCUAUGUGCACAUGUCGAAACCAGCCUACGAAGACAGCGUACCUACGUAAAAAUAUGCGCGAUAUCUACACGAAACCUACGAGUGAGAUCAGGAGAAAGUAAUAAUGUGAUUUGAUUUUUUUUUUUGAACAACUAUUCAUUUUUGGUUAUAUUUACUUUUGCGAAAAAACCUUAA